CUCCUGUUCUGGACCCCACCACUGAUUUGACCAUCGCGACAACCCGCUUCAGGACUGCAAAACCUCUGACGAAUCCGACCGACAUCGAGAACGGGAUCCGAUCACAACGUACACGAGAAGAUUAUAUUGCCCAACAUGGCUACGCCCAAGACCAAGCACGACUGGGCCGACGACGAAGACGUCGAGGAGACGUCGACUGAGCUCCCCGCGCCCCAGACCAUCAGCAACAAGGACGGCACCAAGACAAUCAUCACCUUCCGCUACAAUGACCAGGGCAAAAAGGUCAAAAUGACCCGCCGCAUCCGCUACACGACGCACACCGAAAAGGUGAACCCCCGUGUCGCCGACCGCAAGACGUGGUCCAAGUUCGGCCUCAGCGCCAAGGAUCCCGCCGGUCCCGCGCCCGACACCACCUCGGUCGGCGAGAACAUCAUCUUCCGCCCCAGCACGAACUGGCGCAAGGACGAGAAGGAGGCGGGCGAGGACCCCGGCGCCCAGGCCCUCAAGGACAAGCUCAAGGACAAGCAGGUCAAGUGCCGUAUCUGCAACGGCGAGCAUUUCACGGCCCGCUGCCCGUACAAGGACACCAUGGCGCCCGUCGGUGCCGACGGCGCCGACGUCGCUGCGGGCAUGCCGGACGAUCCUGCCCCCGCGGCUGGCGGCGCUGGAGGCGCUGGUGGUGUCGGUGCCAAGAAGGGCAGCUACGUCCCACCGGCGCUGCGUGCUGGUGCGGCUGGCGGCUCGGCUGCGGGUGAUAGGAUGGGAGGCAGCAAGUACGGCGAGCGGGAUGACCUUGCCACGCUGCGUGUCACCAACGUUUCGGAGAUGGCAGAGGAGCAGGAGCUUCGCGACAUGUUUGAGCGCUUCGGACGCGUCACGCGCGUGUUCCUCGCCAAGGACAGGGAGACGGGACUGGCCAAGGGUUUCGCCUUCAUCAGCUUUGCGGACCGGGGCGACGCCGUCAAGGCCGCGGCCAAGAUGGACGGUUUCGGUUUCAAGCACUUGAUUCUCAGAGUCGAGUUUGCCAAGAAGGCGGCCUAAGUUGGAGGGUGAUGAUUGAUGUUGGGGGUGGAAGUGAUGGCGGUUGCGGUAACGAAUGUUUUGAUGCUACUACUGGAGACACGGCUACGGCACAACGGGUUUACAAAAAUUUGGCAUCCGUUUUGGGGAUAACGGUAGUUUUUUUUAUCCCUCGUUUUUUAUUUCCUCUCUCUUCAUGGGAAAUGCAAAGACAUGAUCUCACGGGACUCUGAUAACGCCACCAAGCGCGGCAAUGCAGCCAUUGCAAGGACUACAGCGUCCACACGAUCACGGUUCACGAGACUGAUGUUAAGCAUAAUCAUGAUUGAAUUUCUAUAACUAAUGCAAAGCAGGUAUCUGAUGGGAAACCCAGACUCGACUCCAUUUCGGCCCCUUUUCUUCUCCAACUCGAAAGCAAAAAGCACACUGACUUAGACAGGGACAAAGAAAAGUGGUAUGAAGAUAGGAAACGAUGAUUACAAAAACAAGUAGAUCUUU